AUUCAUAUGUACUUCGACGUUAUAUAUGUAUACAAUAUUGUUUUAUGUUGAAUGACAAUGUUACGUAAUGUGGACGUGUUAUAAAACACAAGUUUGUACGAACCUUAUGAUAGACAGACAGACAUUUUUUUAAAUAAGUACCUAACAAUUUUGGCUUUACUGUCUUUGCAGUUAUAGCAGAUACUACUUUUUAUAUAUAUUAUGUUCAUUGUACAGGAUCAACACUUCUACAGUUUUAUUAUUUUAAAAGAUAGUAAUAGUAUCGAGUAGAUAACAUAAUAUAUAUUAAACCUAUUUCCAUGAGUUGCGUGCUGGCCGUUCACAAUCAUUUAGUAAAAUUGUCAAAAAUAUUCACCACUUAAUUAAAAAAAGUUUGCAUGUCACACCUGCCACCAAGGGGAAUAUUCCAGAGCUGAAAUAAUGUGGCUGAAGUUAGUUUGUAUCGUGGUAAUAGCGAGCGGCGUGGUGGCCAAGCAAGAUGAGCUACUGGACGAGUUGUACGGCGUGGAAGGACGGAACAGGAUGGCGAUAUGCGUACGCACUGGCGGCGGGCGCUGGCGGCACUGCGACGGCGCGCUGGUGAACCGCGAGUGGGUCGUGGCGCACGCGCGUUGCCUGGGCGCCGCGUCCAGCGCCGACAUGGCGGCCGAGCGCCUGUCGGCCGGCGGCACUUGCCAGCUCAUGGCCGCCGGCAACACAGGCCUGUAUCGCUCGCGCGCCGUGCGCCACCACGUCAUGCAUCCUUGGUUCGACCUGGCAAUUGUGAUCAUGAAGACCCCGUACAACAACCUGGACCGACUAGCCAACGCUACUAGGACGCGCCUUAAGCUGCGACAACACGGGGUGUAUAAAUGGAUGAAGCAUUACUUUGAUGCAUUUGCAUUAACUCGCAAUUAUGACUACAACAUGAAAAGAAUUGCACGGAGUUUAAAAACCUACCACCAUCCAAUCUGGUACUUCUUAACAACAAUGGUGCUGCCGUCUGUGUUGUUCAUGUUGUUCUUUGUAUAUGUCACAUUCUACACUGGCAAAACACAGGAGGUCCCUUAUAAGCAGUUGCGCUAUCCUAAGAAAAUAACUCAUGUGUAGUAUUAGUUGUCUAUGAAUAAUAUACUCAAUAUGAUGGA